UGUGGACUUGCCCCUCCUUUUUCUUGACCUGUGCAACCCCCUCCCCCUCCCCCUCCACCAGCACCUUACCGCCGCCACCGCUACCACCAUCACCACCUGUCGUGUCAUUGACGGAUCACCGCUGCACUCAAGAUGCCCAACAUCACCAUUCGCAACCUGACGGUGCAGGCUUUGACCCUCAAACGUGUCGAGCGCUUUGGGGCCAAGCAGGUCACAACGGGCAGCACCCUCGGCAACGCCAUUGGCAAUAUUACGUCUCUCCUCAACGCCACAAGCUUCAAUUCCACUGAAAUUCACCCUGAAGGUGAGGCGCGCGAGAAGAAGGAUGUCGACAUCAAGAUCAAUGCCUUUUCUGCCCAGGGCACCGACUUCCCAGCUCCGCAGGAGGACAAGGAGGUUGUGCGUCUGCUGUUCGAGUGCGACGGCAAGUGGUACGAGGUCGACACACCCUCCAAGUCGGACAGGUCCGUCGUCAUGACGCGCCUGACCAAGGACGACAAGCGCGAAUUCACGGCCGUGUACAUCGAGCGCCAUCAGUUCCUGGCCAUCAUGUCAUCCUCGAACCUCCACGCCUGGAUGAAGGAGCUCAAGGACAGCUACCCUCUGCCCUUCCUCUCCAUCCCCGGCACCCAUAAUGCGCCCACCUGCUACACGGCCCUCCCGUCCGUCCGCUGCCAGGCCGUCGGCAUCACCGAGCAGCUCGAGAACGGCGUGCGCUUCUUCGACAUCCGCGUCUCGGCCACCCCCGACAACGACAACCUCGCCCUCGUCCACUCGGUCUUCCCCAUCUCUCUGACCGGCACCAAGUGGUUCGCCGACCUACUCACCGAGGUCUACGCCUUCCUCGAGCGCAACCCCUCCGAGACGCUCAUCAUGUCCAUCAAGCGCGAGGGCACCGGCAAGGGCUCGGACCACGACAUGUCCCGCUACCUGCGCGACCGCUACAUCAAGAAGAACUCCAACCGCUGGUACACGAAGCCGCAGAUCCCCGUCCUCGGCGACGCCCGCGGCAAGAUCGUCCUCAUGCGCCGCUUCCACUGCGACGACAGCGUCAACAAGUCGGAAAACGACGGCAAGGGCAUCGGCAUCGACGCCGCCCACUGGCCCGACAACUGCGAGGACGGCAAGACGGGCGGCGGCGGCUUCGUGCGCGUGCAGGACUUUUACGAGGUCGACCAGAGCACCAACAUUGAGAAGAAGAUCAGCUACAGCCACGCCCAGCUCGAGCGCGCCGCCGAGGCCCUGUUCCGCGCCCCCGGCGCCGAAGGCUACGACAAGGACGCCGUGUCGCCGCUGUUUGUCAAUUUCCUGAGCGCCAGCAACUUCUUCAACGCCACGUGCUGGCCCGAGCGCAUCGCUGCCAAGGUCAACCCGGCCGUCGUCGAGUACCUCUGCAUGCGCCACGGCGACGAGGGCAAGGGCGUCAAGAAGCUCAAGGUCGGCGAGGCGGCUACGGGCAUUGUCGUCACGGACUGGGUCGGCGCGCAUGACGACUGGGAUCUCAUCCGCUGCAUUGUGGCCUGGAACGCGAGGUUGCAGCUGAAGAAGUAGAGCGUUGAAUAUCUCGCUGUACAUCACGGCAAGGUUACGUGUUUCACGAGAAAUAUUGGAAAUGGGAACAGCGCGGUUCUUGGAAAUAUGAAUUGAAUUUUGGCAUCAUAAAAGCUCUGGCCACCGUCCGUGAGCUGUUGCUUGUCUGUUGAGCACAUGGUCAGUUGCGAUCUCGAUGAAGAGUAUCAUGACAUGACGUGUUGUGCCCAGUAUGAUUCAGUUCUCCAAGGUGAACAGGAAGUUUAUCAAUCAUGGUGAACUCAGAAAGAUAAUAAAAGGAUGUCAUCCUCAAGUGGGCGAGGUUGGUUGUUAAAGGAAGCAAAGUGGAGGAAACCUACAAGAAAACCACAGCUACGAGUUCCAGCGAUGUAUCGGCAAGAAUACCUGAGUCGUUGCGGUCAGCAAGGGCUCUCGAUCGCGAACAUUCAGUACGAAAAAGGUCCAAAAAAGCUAGGUCGAUUGUCAGCACAUGGUCACGCUGGAGAGGAACAACGUCAAAUACCUCAAAGAUCAGCAAGUGUUAACUUUGUUCAUCUCGACGACGCCGAAGCAAAGUCGAUCAAACAGUGUGAAUACAAUAAAAAGACGUUUCA